AGGUGCGUGCGCAUCUUCCAUCAUUAGCGUCGUAUCUUCGAAUUAGGCCAGAGACGGACAAUUCCAUCUCUGCCAAAAUCAACGGUUAUAUCAAACAAUUUUGAUAUUAACAAACAUCUUAUUAUCGUAGCAUAGUGACAAAAGUUACAAUUAACUGAUUGUCAAAUCAUUCACGGCCGUAAUCGGCACGGAGAGGCCAAUUUUCGACUGAAAUCAGUCUGGGCCACACUGACCACUGUCCACCUCGUGUCCGCCAUUGUUAACAACAACGGACAAAGGAAUCGGCGGAAAAUGUCAAAAUUUGAGACAAAGAAGGACAGGGAAGUCACAAAACAGCAACGAAUCGUUGGAGAAUUCGACCUGGUGGGAGAAAUCUCCAAAACCAUGGAUGCAUUGCCAGUGCAAAAACCAAAAAACAAAAAACUUCUGGUAAAUAAUCCAACUACAACCGCUAGCCAAAUUCAAAAUGGCGGCCAUGAUGCUGUUCGUACCCAGCCAGCCUGCGGUAUUGCUAAUACAACAAAGCUACCACAACAACCAGAAACGACAGCAAAUGACAGUAGUAACCCACUGUUAAAUUUCGCAUCAGCGAUAACUACAUCGCUAUCCACCAUGCUGGAAAACCAGAAACAAAUGAAUCAGGAAUCGAGGCAAUUCAUGAGCGAGUUGGUGGCCUCUAAUCACGUAGAGUAUAAUAGCCGUGAUAUGUUCAUGCGGAAAAAGGGGCUGUCGGACCCAAAAGUAAACCGUGUGUCAAGCACACUCGCCCGUGAGUCUCACGAACAAGACAUGGAAUGUGAGGAGGUAGACAUUUGUCAACAGAUAGACAAUUUACUGGAGUCCGAUAAUGGAGAUCAAUCGCACGAUCAAGAAACAACACAAGCAUGUGUUGAUGAGGAUUCGGACGAUAUGCUUGCUGAAUUAUGCGAGGAAUAUGCGUGUAAUGACACGACAGGACCGGACGUUGAUCCGAAACUGGCCACACUCUUGACAAACGUUUUGUCACAGAAUGUCACAGAGGAAAAAAUCAAACCUCUGAUGGAAAAAUACAACCGACCAGGAAAUGUAGAGCUUCUACAGUGCACGAAGGUAAACCCCGAAAUCUGGGGGAAAAUUCGCACCACUACCAGGAGUCGCGAUAUCAAGUUGCAGCGUAGUCAACAACGACUCGUUAAAGGACUCGUACCGUUAGUUCAAGUGGUUGAAACUCUCAUAAAAUCUAAAACAGAGAAAAAACAACUGGACGUUCAGUCACUAGUCAAACAAUUGUUUGAUUCGUUCCACAUGAUCUCUAGUGGAACACAGGAAAUCAAUCCGCGCCGCCGCGAACUGAUUAAACCUGAUUUAAAUGGGCAGUAUGGUCAACUGUGUGUACAACAGACUGCACCAUCGGUGUCCUUAUUUGGCGAUGAUUUGGCCAAAACAAUUAAAGACAUUUCUGAGACAAAUCGUCUCAGCUACAAACUCCUGUCGAAAAGACCUUCUCAUGUCCGAUAUACCUCUGGCUACGGGCCAAAAAACGGUUAUGGCCGAGGGGGAUACCAUGGUCCUCCGAAAUAUCAACAACACGCGUACGGAGGGUAUCAGAGUUACCGCCCUUACAACAAGGGUGGAUAUCAAGGCCAGAAUCCACGGGGCCGAGGCAGGGGGCAACAGAACCGAAAACCUCGUCAAUAACACCGCAAACGGUAGACAAGGUAUCAACAGAUUCUCACGCAUCCAAGGAAGAAUUGGAAGGAACACCUCCCAAAGAUGCGCCUGAUUGCCUGCCUGGUGUCAGGAGAUA